AUGUGUCGCCAGCUUUCUGGAGAGGCCAUUGAAAUCCCAACCCCAAGUCAGUCAGCAAUUCACAAGGCUAUCUACGCGAGAGCUACUCAGGCGGUGGUCCUCAAAAAUGAUGCAAAAGAAGUUAAAUUGACUGGGCUCAAACUAAAAGAUGGAAAAGCUCAAACAAUCGUAGAAGGGCUUCAAGAUGUGUUAGAGGAAUUCAACCUGCGGGGAUCAAUUGUAAUGAUUGUUGCCGACACAACAAGCAUGAAUACCGGCAAGAGAACAGGCGUUGUUGUUUGGCUACAGGAAAAAUUCGAAGAGAAAUGUCACCCCAAACCCAAGUUCAUUAGUUGCCAGAACCAUGUGCUGGAUCUAUUUAUUUGGGUUGUCAUGGACAAUGAGCUCCACGGGUCAACCAAAUCACCAAACAUCGAGUACUUCUUUGUAUUUGAUGAGCAAUUAUGA